AUACAACAUUUCAGAUUCAUGUACAACUCCAACCCUAAUGAAGUUGGGACUUUGUGUAACACGUAAAUAAAAAUAGAAUACAGUGAUUUUGCUAAUCCAGUUAACACAGAACACCCAGAAACGCUGCCAGCUUCUCUGGACCCCAGUUCAUCUGAGAUGGACCAAUUGGAAACGGGUUCUUCGGCCCGAUGAGUCCAAAUUUUUAAUUUCUUUGGAAAUCAUCGACAUCGUGUCCUCCGGGCCAAACAGGAAAAGAACUAUCUUGAUUGUUAUCAGUGGAAAGUGGAAAAGACAGCAUCUGUGUUGGUAUGGGUUGUGUUAGUGCCGAUGGCAUGGGUAACAGGCACAUCUGUGAUUUCACCAUUAAUGCUGAACGGUACAUCCAGGUUUUGGAGCAACAUCUGCUGCUAUCCAGCAUUGUCUUUUUCAGGGUUGUCCUGCUUAUUUUAGCAAGGCAAUGCCAAGCCACAUUCUGCAUGUGUUAUAACAGUGUGACUUUAUAGUAAAAGAGUUCUGGUACUAGACUGGCCUGCCUGCAGUCCAGACCUGAAAAUGUGGCUCAUUAUGAAGCACUAAAUACAACGGAAACCCUGGACUGUUGAGCAACUGAAGUUGUUCAUCGUGCAAGAAUGGGAAAGAUUUCCACCUACAAAGCUUCAACAAUUAGUUCCUAAGUUCCUGACCAGUUAUUGAGUUGUUAAAAGGAAAGAUGAUGUAUCACAGUGGUAAACAUGACCCUGUCCCAGCUUUGUUGGAACAUUUUGCAAGUAUCAAAUUCAUAAUGAAGGAAUAUUUGCAAAAAAACCAAGAGUUCAUUGAACAUUAAAUAUCUUUUCUUUUUAGUGCAUUGUGCAACUGCAUAUAGGUUGAACAGGAUUUGCAAAUCGCUAUUCUGUUUUUAGUUAUGUUUUACACAACGUCCCACUUUCAUUAAGGUUGGUGUUGUAAAUCUUUUUUGUGGUAUGGAAGCCCCGAAGUGAAGAGAUGUGUUGAUUUUAUUGCUGUGUGACAAGUUGCUGAUGAGCAUAAUCACCUUCUUUUAGUUCUUUAAAACAACUUCUUUAGUUUCAGAAACAAUAGAGAUGGGGAAAACACUGGUAAUAACUGCAAAAUGGACAUGAAACAAUAAGCAAGGGUUAUAUGGAUAUGGACUUGGUUGGGCUGUGGAGAACUGGUUCCAGUUAAUUGAGGUUCAUUAAUGGAAUUAUUUAGUCUUUUCUGUUAAGUAAAAGGGUUCUUUGUUGGCCUGCUUUUGUUUGGUGUUCGUGGAGAAGGGGAACAGAACCUCAAACCGUAACAGUUGUACUACAGUUUGAUUCACGUGAGCCACUGUUAACAACUUGUGAUGUGAUUGGACAUCACUCGGUGAAUAUUUUCCUGUUCUGGCGAGCAGAGCAGAAGAAGAGGUUGGUUACAGAAUCUGCAGCUUCCCACACAGAGCUCCAUCUGUGUUAGAAAUAGACAUGGUUAUCUUUCAAAAACAAAAAUGAUAAAACUUUAAAGUCACCUUUUAAAGUGAUGUCACUGAUGGCUGCUUUAAACAAGUUCUAACUUGUGUAAUAAAAUUCUUAAAAUCUCUGCAAUUUGGGCAGCUAUUGCUCCAAAUAUAAUCAAAUACCAACCUGAAGGCUUACAAAACGUUCAAAUAUAAAUGGAUUAAGUCAGAGUGGAUUCCUCCACCUAUUUCAUGUCUAUAAGCUGCAAAGUUUGGGGCAAAGUGGUCUGAAUCCCAAACACAGAGGUUAGAAUUAUGUUAAUCAAGUAAAGAAAGAAAAACCUUAACAGUGUAGUUUAGAUAGAAUGAGUUGGACAAUUUAGUAAUUUUCUUUACUUCUAAAUCACCAUUUUUAAGGUGUUUGUUACAAGCAGUCACCAUUAUUGCCUUUAAAAACAUUUUAGAAUGCAGUUCUUCUUAUGGGGACGCACUUUGCUGUUUCACAUAUUUCAGCCACCAGGGGGAGUCCUCUCUUAUGAUUUCCUCUGGUAUUUUGGUAUGUCUAAAAAUGAAUCACUUGCAAAUGAUCAGCACUUCGCGUCCUGUGUGAGACUGAAGAAGAAAACCCAGCGAAGUUUUCAGCUAACGGUCCUGCUGGACCUGACAUUGUGUUUUCUCUCUGUCAAACGGUUUUAUCUUUGGAUUUCCCAUAGAUUUCGCUGCAGCUGACAGAACAAACUGAGUCUCUGUGACAAAAGAUCCUAUUUAGAAUCGGUUCUUGACUAAUUGUCAUACAAUUCAAAAAUCAGACUUGGGUCACAAAAAAAAAAAAACUUCUCAAAAUAAUAAGGUAUUUCACUCAUUACAUGAAAAUGAGUGAAAAAGCAGCCAAAGUCCAAAAGAAAUACAGACCCAUUCAAUAAAUUAGAAUAUUCUUGAAAAGUUCAUUUAUUUCAAUAACUUGGCUCAUUAAGUGAAACAUCAUAUACAUUCACUGCACACUAACUAAUAUUUUCAAGCCUUUAUUUCCACUGAAAUAUGAGGAUUUUCUGCUUCCAGCUGAUAAAAACACGACACUUAAGAUUAGAAUAUUACACCAGACCAAUAGAACAAACUUUUUUAUUACAGAAAUGUGGGCUUUUUGAAAGGUAUGUUUUAUACCAGCUUUAAGACUUUUUUCAAAAAAAUACUAUGUGACAAACAAGCUUCACUGGAACACGUUCUAAUUGAUUGAAUAUGACUAGUUAAGACCUGGAUCAGGACUUUUGCACAGUGCUUUGUUUUUGUUAGACUUUUAAAAUGACUGCUUGUAGAUGUAAUCACUAAACUACCCAUAUAAGUGUGCAGGCCAUCUUUGCAAAUAUAUGCUUCUGCUGUUCUCACACUAUGAGGAUUUUCCUCAGAGCUUUGUAAUCAAAAGCCUUUACUUGAACUUUAACUGAUACAUAAGAAAGCUGAUUUUAUUAUGCUUUAAAAGAAGGCAUAUAUGUGUGUUAUACAACAAAUACAACAACUCUUCUUUAAAAUUUUCCUAAAAUCUAACAGGAAAUGUAAGGUAUCCAUCCAUGAACACCACAGUUAGUCUUUCUGAAAAUGGAUGAAACUGCCUGAGUCCUUUAUUUUCUCAUUCUGAUACUGAAAUAAAGGAAUCUUGUUUGUGCCUUGUUACGUGACAGUGAUACGGCACAGUAAAUAACCUGAUAGUCGUUUGGGACGAGAUCCGAGCAUGAAACUACGUCAGAAGCGUAGGAGGGAGAAAGCCUUGCUGCUGCUAACCUCCCCUCUGGUUUCCUCAGUAUAAAUCUGCAGGUCUGCUGAGGUCCGUCCACCCAGACAGGAUGCACCCUUCAUGCUGCCACACUGCCCCAACACUCACAGUCAAGGUGUUGUGUGUUCGGAUCUGCGUGUUCUACUGCAGCAUGUGUCUGGCAGGAUGGCCACUGUUCUUGGAGGCCGCCCAACUCCGCUGUGGUUCCGAGCUCCUCAGUGACCUCUUAUUUGUCUGCGGAGAUCGUGGACUCUACCUAGGUAAAGGGUCCUGGUCUGGUUAUGGUCCUCGGCCCAGAGGGAAGGGAAUUGUAGAUCAGUGUUGCAAAUCCUCUGGCUGUGAACUUUACCAUCUGGAGAUGUAUUGUGCCAAACCAAAGGCCAAACAGUUCCCUACAACUCCCCCAACCACAUCUUCAAACAACGCAACACACACCACCACUGCAGUCCUAGACAUGUUCGAAGCUGUGUUUCAGAGGAGACUCUUGGAGAACAUGGGAGCUCCCAACAGCCCAAAGAGAAGAGCCUACAGAAAUAAAAAUCUUUCAUCACUUCUGCAGAAAAGCAAAAUGUUCUCAUCACGCAGGAGGGUAAACACACAGAACUCAACCAGCUGGCCUCCUUCAGAAUCAGGAAGUCCCGAUUGAAGAGAUGCAUAAAGUUGACUUUUACCAGAUUCUACAUCAUUAGGACGCUUUAAAUAAAAGAAAAAAAUUAUGUCAACUUUAAGAAAUUCACUUGUAAGGAGAACAGCAGUCCAAUAAGAACCCUGAAGCAGUUUCGAAUCGACCGAUCUAGAGGGCUGCAAAGAACUUGGCAACUUUACCAUCAGCAACUAGCAGACCACUGAUCUGCUUCCAGAUCAGCAAUCAUGGAGCUCUCACUUCCUCUUUGACUUUCUUCAUCAUUACAGCUCUAGAUGUCCAUCGACACGAUAAUGAAUGUUUGCUUCAGUGUUUUCUGGUUUCAUCUUUAUAUCGCCGUACAGUAUUUCCAGGUUUAAAGACCAUGUAGUGGUGCUGAUUUGGAGCUUUAUGUGUGUGAUGUCUGAAGCUCUGGAGAUCCACACUCCUUCUAGCUCUGCUUUGGUUUCCACCUGUGCUGCAUUAUUUUACCAGCUCAUGUGUACCUGCUGUUUGCACAUGUUGAGUUACAGGUGAACACCUGUCUAAGCCACUGUAGUUCAUAUUUUUGGUUAGUUUUUUACAUGUUAGUGGGCUACAUAACAGUGUGGGUCUUUAUAUGUGAUUUAGCACUUUUUGUGGUUGAAUGGAAAUGUACUCCUAUGCAAAGAAAAUGUUUUGUACUGACUGUUUUUUUUAGCUUUAUUACAUUUUCAGCAUAAACAUGAUUUUUUUAUUAAAGUGUUACAUUGACCUAUUUAUUUCACAAUAACUAGAAUAAAUAUUACAGUUUUAA